AUGGGCUGGAUUAAUGGUACGGGUGAAGGCAUCUACACGUACAAGAUCAUGGACGAUGGAUCCCUUAAGAAAUGGGCGGUCUCGGAGGUGGGAACCAACCCCAUAUUCGUCCUCGCUUCCCACAAGAAGUUUCAUACUGGCAACAAAGUGAUCUAUGCAGUGAACUCCGUUGACGACGUGGUCUCUGGAAAGCGCGGCAAGGUCACUGGAUACGUGUCGGCCCUCACCCUGAAUGGCGACGGUACGCUUAAGCUGCUAAACACGCUCCCAACGCGCGGUGGAUCACCAACCCACAUCUCGUUAAACUCUGCCGAGACUUUUGUUGUCGUCUCCAACUACGCUGGCAGUUUCACGAUGUUCUCGAUUAAUGAAGAUGACGGUUCUCUUGGCAAGGAGACAUACCAUAAAAAAUUCCGGAAAGGUAGCAAGGUCGUCAAGGAACGACAGGAGGCCGGCCACAUCCAAAGCUCUAUGUGGCUACCAAACUCGGAUCACCUUGUUGUUGCAAACUUAGGUAGCGACAAAUUGCUACAGUUCAAGCUGAAACCAAAAAAGCAGAAGCUGAAGAAAAUGAAGACUGUGAAGAGCUCCCGUGGAGCUGGACCACGUCAUAUGGCACUUCACCCUAACGGCAAAAUCGCGUACGUUGUAAACGAGCUCAGCAAUACUGUCAGCGUUUACGAAAUCGACAACGAGGACGCUAAAUUGUCAAAGAAGGCUCUACAAGAAAUCACGACGCUUCCGAGUGACAGUGGGAACAUUACUAGUAUCAGCGCUGACAUCCAUUUGUCCAGCAAUGGCAAGUUCCUGUACACUUCAAACCGCGGCCACGACUCCAUUGCGAUUUUCAAGAUUGAGACCAAUGGUACCCUCGUGUCGCUUGGAUGGGAGAAAACCCGAGGAAAGUGUCCUCGUAGCUUUGUGGUUUACCAUAAGCAUCUGAUUGUGGCCAACCAGGAUACGAACGAUAUGUUUGUGUUCAAAGUGGACUGGAAGACGGGGUUGCUUUCGUUCACGGGAAACAAGUAUAAGAUUGGUUCGGCUGUAGGUCUUUAUGUCGCAGAGUUUUAG